CCCGCCCUUACGAGAGAGACCCGCCCCUCCCGGAAGUACCUCUCCCAAUCCCGAAGCCGGCCCCGCCCGGAAAACCCGUCCCCGGAAGACACGCCCCUCUCGAAACACCGGCCCCCUAAAGGCCCGCCCACCUGGAAGGCCUGCGCCAAGCUGAGGCCGCGAUGCCGCAUGAGGUAGGCGGUGCAGACGGCGGCUGAGCGACUGCGGCCGUUCUUGCAGUAGACUAGGCAGGCGCCGCCGGCGCGCACCGCGGCCUCCAUGGCGGCGCACGUGGGCUCCAGGUGCGCCAGCAGGUCCUCAGCCGGGUCGUCGAACACGGGCACGCGCAGCUCUGCCACGCCGGGCGCGCGCGGGCCGGGCUGCUGGCGGGAGACGUUGACGCACAGCGUGACUCCCGCGCGCGCCAGCUGCUCCUCCGCGCCCGCGGCUCGUGCGCUCCCGAGGAAGAGUGAGGGCGCGACGCGCACGAAUGGCGGAGGUUGGAAGACCACAGGCAUGGAAGGGGACCAAGCCUCCUUUAGCUUAGAAGACGAAGUCUCUGGGGCUGGCAGCCCCCAACGCCCGCUAGAGGGGAAGGGGGGCAAGACCGCUGCUGCCGAGGAGCCGGGGUCCCUGAAGAACUAUGCUGUCUUCGCCACAAGGGAUGUUUCAGCAGCCCCUGAGAAGGAAGAGGAGGAAUCUGAGGGCCCGCUGAGGGUGCAGGACCUGAGGGAGGCCUACAUCCAGCUCGUCCAGGGUGUGCAGGAGUGGCAGGAUGGUUGCAUGUACCAGGGGGAGUUUGGGUUGAACAUGAAGCUUGGAUAUGGCAAAUUCUCUUGGCCCACAGGCGAGUCAUACCAUGGGCAGUUUUACCGGGACCACUGCCAUGGCCUGGGUACCUACAUGUGGCCAGAUGGCUCCAGUUUCACGGGCACAUUUUACCUCAGCCACCGAGAAGGCUACGGCACCAUGUACAUGAAGACACGACUUUUCCAGGGGCUGUACAAAGCGGACCAGCGGUUUGGGCCAGGUGUCGAGACCUACCCCGACGGCAGCCAGGACGUGGGGCUAUGGUUCCGAGAGCAGCUUAUCAAGCUGUGCACCCAGAUCCCCAGUGGCUUCUCCCUCCUCAGCUACCCUGAGUUCUCCAGCUUCAUCACCCACAGCCCUGCCAGGAUCAGCUUCUCAGCAGAGGAGAAAACGGAGUGGGGACUGCAGGAGGGACAGGACCCCUUUUUCUAUGAGUAUAAGCGGUUUCUUCUGAAUGACAACCUAACGCUGCCUCCAGAAAUGUAUGUCUACUCGACCGACAGUGACCACCUGCCCAUGACAAGCUCUUUCCGCAAAGAGCUGGAUGCCCGCAUCUUCCUCAAUGAAAUUCCUCCUUUCGUUGAGGAUGGAGAACCCUGGUUCAUAAUCAAUGAGACCCCUUUGUUGGUCAAAAUCCAGAAGCAAACCUACAAGUUCAGGAACAAGCCGGCUCACACAAGCUGGAACAUGGGCGCCAUCCUGGAGGGGAAGCGCAGCGGCUUUGCACUCUGCGGGCCCAGAGAGCAGCUUUCCAUGGAGAUGAUCCUAAAGGCUGAGGAAGGGAACCACGACUGGAUUUGUAGGAUCCUGAAGGACAACUUUGCUAGUGCCGACGUGGCAGACGCAAAGGGCUACACUGUGCUUGCUGCGGCUGCCACUCACUGCCACAACGACAUCGUCAACCUUCUCCUGGACUGUGGGGCCGAUGUGAACAAGUGCUCAGAUGAGGGUCUCACGGCACUCAGCAUGUGUUUCCUCCUCUACUACCCCGCCCAGUCCUUCAAGCCCAAUGUUGCUGAACGGACUGUACCUGAGCCCCAGGAACCUCCAAAAUUCCCAGUUGUUCCAAUCCUUUCAUCAUCAUUUAUGGACACAAACCUGGAGUCUCUGUACUGUGAGGUGAACGUGCCUUCCCAGGGUAGCUAUGAGCUGACGCCACCGCCAACACCACUGCCACUGCCGCACAUCUCGGGCAGCCAGGAGGGCGGCCACUCCCAGGACACCGGGCAGUGUGGGGAGUCUGUGGACCACAGGAGCAGCUCUCUGAAGGGGGACUCCCCGUUGGUGAAGGGCAGCCUUGGCCAUGUGGAAAGUGGGCUUGAGGACGUGCUGGGAAAUACAGACCGGAGCAGUCUGUGCAGUGCUGAGACAAACUUUGAGUCCGACGUGUGUGUAUGCAACUUCUCCAUCGAGCUCUCCCAGGCCACGCUGGAGAGAAGCGCCCAGUCCCACAGCUUGCUGAAGAUGGCCUCGCCCUCACUAGUCACCAGCAGCUUCGACAAAGGGACCAUGCGGAGGAUGGCGCUGUCCAUAAUCGAGCGGAGGAAGCGCUGGCGGACCAUCAAGCUGCUGCUGCGCCGGGGCGCGGACCCCAACCUGUGCUGCGUGCCCAUGCAGGUCCUGUUCCUCGCUGUGAAGGCCGGGGACGUGGAUGGGGUGAGGCUGCUGCUGGAGCACGGGGCGAGGACCGACAUCUGCUUUCCCCCGCAGCUGGGCACCCUGACACCACUCCAUAUCGCUGCCGCCCUUCCUGGGGAGGAGGGCGUACAGAUUGUGGAGCUGCUGCUGCAUGCCAUCACCGAUGUGGACGCCAAGGCAUCCGACGAGGAUGACACUUACAAGCCCGGCAAGCUGGACCUGCUGCCCUCAAGUCUGAAGCUCAGCAAUGAGCCAGGCCCUCCCCAAGCCUACUAUGGCACGGACACAGCCCUCCCCAAGGAGGGGGGCAGGACGGCUCUGCACGUGGCCUGCGAGCGGGAGGACGACAGCAAGUGUGCCAGGGACAUAAUCCGGCUCCUUCUAUCCCACGGAGCAAAUCCUAACCUGCUGUGGAGUGGCCACUCCCCGCUCUCCCUGUCCAUUGCCAGUGGGAAUGACCUGGUUGUGAAGGAGCUCCUGACCCGGGGAGCUGACCCCAACUUGCCCCUGACCAAAGGCUUGGGCAGUGCCCUGUGUGUUGCCUGUGACCUGACCUAUGAGCACCAGAGGAGCAUGGACAGCAAGCUGGCCCUGAUUGAUCAACUCAUCAGUCACGGGGCCGACAUCCUGAAGCCUGUGAUGCUCAGGCAGGGGGAAAAGGAGGCGGUGGGCACAGCCGUGGACUAUGGCUACUUCAGAUUCUUCCAGGACCGGAAGAUUGCCCACUGCCCCUUCCACACGCUGAUGCCGGCAGAGCGUGAGACGUUCCUGGCGCGGAAGCGGCUCCUGGAGUACAUGGGCUUGCAGCUACGCCAGGCUGUCUUCGCCAAGGAGAGCCAGUGGGACCCCACGUGGCUGUACCUGUGCAAGAGAGAGCAAGGACAGUUUCAAGCCUAAUGUUGAGAGGCAAUUGGAAGGAGAUUGGUAAAUUCACUGGAGUAACAGACUAAACAAUAGAAUGGCUAAUUGCUAGAGAAAACUAAGAAAAGAGAGAGAGGAGAAGCCUUCCUGUGGUCAUAACAAGUCUCACACACCCCAAGGACUGAUCUAAAGAGCACACAGCAUUUAAAGAAACAUUUAUUCAAUAAAAUCCUUUAAAAUUCAGUAAGAACAGAGAAUGUCUGUGGUAUUAAACCAAGAUCUACCUUCCUUUUCACUCUCCCAGCUCAGGGAGGCAGAAACUCUAUUCCAGACUAGUACAGCCAAGAACACAGUAGAAGAGGGCAUAGAUGUCAAUAAUUCUCAUCCUGCCCCCAGCUACCUGUUGCUGAGGCUAAGUUCCUGUUGCUCCAGACUUAGUGUGGCUCCAAGAUGGCCAGGAGGUGGCGGCUCCAUUCUUAUCCUCAGCUUCCAAGAUGUCCAGGAAGUGGUGCACUCAGAAUUACUGGAGGUGAUGAUGGGCAAUAUCAAGAAGAUUGGUAAACUCACUGGAAAUAUAGGUGAAACUAUAAUCUGCCAGCAAUUAUAUACCAUAGUUUGUAUUAACUAUAAAUUAUGCCAGAGAAAAACGAGGAAAGAUAGCUGGGAAGAGCACUCCUGUGGUCAGAACCAAUCUUCAAUACUGACCUUGGGAACUAUCCCUUCAAUGAGCUCUGAUCUAAUUGGAUCAGUCUAGGAAGCCAUUUUUACCCUAGGGCACUGUUAUCAGAACUAAACAGGAGCGUAUGGUCAUGAAGGAGACAGUCAAAGGGAUCCUUGUCCAAACCACUGUCACCUUAGGGUCACUAUGAACAAACGCAAGCCUGCCUUCCAUGAGAAGGAACAUCAGAAGCUUUAUACUGUAGGGGAGAAAUGGAUUUCACACGAUUAACCCAAUAACCAAAUAAGCAAACAGAUAGUAAUAUCCAGCCCCGAGGGAGAAGAAUGAAGGAAAAUGAACAGAUCCUCAGAGAAAAGUGGGAGACCAACAAGAGAGAAAAAAGAAUGAUGAGAAAUGAAGAGAUCAUUAGGGGAAAGUGGACACCAUCAAGCACACCUAUAUAUAUAUAUAUACAUUUAAUUUGAGUACCAGAAGCAGAGGUGAGAGAGAAAGGAGCAGGAAAAAUAUUUGGAGAAAUGAUAGAUAAAAACUUUCUAAGCAUAUUUAAAAAUUUAUCUAGGUAGCUUAAUGGAGUUUCAAGUAGGAUAAAACAGAGAUUUGUAAAACAGACACAUCAGAGUUAAAAUACUGAAAGUCAAAGACAAGGAGAAAACAUUGAAAGCAGCAAGAGAAAAAUAACUCAAAACUUACAAGGGAAUCCCAGUAAGAUUAACAGCUAGCCGGCAUCUCAUCAGAAGAAAUUGGUUGGAGGGUGGUCAAGAUGGCUGAUAAGAAGCAUUUCAUACCCACUUCCUCCACUUAGUAGAACCACAGCAGUGUAUAGACAGUCACACUCAAAGUACAUUAUCCAAGGGAGAAUGCUGGAACUCAACAAAGAAGUGAUGGAACACCAAAAGUGGGGAAGGAGGAGAGGCAGCCUCUCUGGCUGGGUUUGGCUGGGCAUCAGGAGUGAAUUCCCAAUAUAAGGAAGAGGAGAGUAGGUUGUAGGGGCCAGCCCUACAGAGUCUGUGGGUUUUUCUCCCUGUGUGCGGAGACGAGAGAUCAUAGAAAUAAAGAUUUAUGGAUUUAUAACCUUGUCUCUACUAAAGUACAAAAAUGAGCUGGGUGUGGUGGUGCAUGCUUGUAAUCCCAGCCACUCGUGAGGCUGAGGCAGGAGAAUUGCUUGAACCCGGGAGGCAGAGGUUGCAGUGAGCUGAGAUCAUGCCACUGUACUCCAGUCUGGGCGACAGAGUGAGACUCUAUCUCAAAUUAAAAAAAAAAUCGAAAUAAUUGAUUUUAAAGGAUCUAAAAUAGAAAAGAAUACUGAACAAACAUUACAAAUAAAUUAGAAAAAGAAUUCAGGAUAUGAAUGAGAAGUUUAUCAAAGAGGUAUUUUUAAAAAUAACCAAACAGAAAUUCUGGAACUGAAGAAUUCAUUGAAAGAAAUACAAAAUACAUUUGAAAGCAUCAACAAUAGACUAGAUGAGACAGAGGAAAUCUCAAAACUUGAAGACAGGUCUUUUGAAAUAAUCCAAUCAGAUGAAGGUAAAGAAAAAAUAAUAAAAACAAAUAAGCAAAGGCUUCAUGAUAUUUAGGACAACAUAAAGCAACUAAAUUUGCAAAUUACUGGUAUCCUUAAGGGCAAAGAAACAAAGGAUUAGAAAAUGUAUUAAUGAAUUAGGGCCAGGUGUGGUGGCUUACACCUAUAAUACCAGUGCUUUGGGAAGCCAAGUGGGAAGAUUGCUUGAGGCCAGCAAUUUGAGACCACCCUGGGCAACAUAGCAAGACCCUAUCUCUACAAAAAAGAAAAAAAAUUAGCUGGGUGUCAUGGCAUGCACCUAUAGUCCUAGCUGCUUGGGAGGCUGGGCCCAGGAGUUUAAGGUUCCUGUGAGCUAGGAUUGUGCCACUGCACUGCAGCCUGGGUGACAGAGCAAGACCCUAUCUCUAAAAAUAAAUCAGUUUUUUUUAAAAGAAAGCUAAUUUAAUGAAAUAAUAGAUGAAAACUUCUCAAGUCUAGCAAGAGAUAUAGACAUUCAGAUAAAGGAAGUUCAAAUGAACCACAGGAAGAUACAACCACAAAAGAUCUUCUGCAUGGCACAUUAUAGUCAGACUGUCUAAAGUCAAAGAGAAAAUCUUAAAAGCAGCAAGAGAAAAGCAUCUAGUCACCCAUAAAGGAAAUUCCUUAAGACUAACAAAUUUCUCAGCAGAAACCUUACAGGCCAUAAGAGAAUGGGAUGGUAUAUUCAACAUGGUGAAAGAAAAAUAACACUGUCACCCAAGAAUACUAUAUCCAGCAAAAUUGUCUUUCAUAAAUGAAGGAGAUAUAAAGUCACCCCUGGACAAACAAAUGCUGAGGUAAUUCAUUACUACUAGACUAGUUCUACAAAUGCUCAAGGGAGUCCUAAACGUAGAAGCUAAAGGACAACAUUUACCAUUAUGAAAAUACACAAAAGUAUAAAAGUCACUGGCAAAGCAGUUAUACAAAGGAGGAAGAGACAGAACUCAAAUGCUACCACUACCGAAAUCCACCAAAGCACAACACCACACUAUAAGAAAGGAACAAGAAGUAUAUGAAGCAACCAGAAAACAACAUGAUGGGAACAAAGCCUUACAUAUCAAGAAUAACCUUGGACAUGAACAAAUUAAAUUAUCCUCUUAAAAGACAGAAUAGCUAAGUGGAUUAAAAAUGAUCCGUGAUCAAAAAAUGAUUCUGCUUACAAGAAACUCACCUUAUCAUUAAAGACACAUAUAGACUGAAAUGAGGGGAUGAAAAAGAUAUUCCAAGCAAACAGAAACUAAUAGUGAGCAGGAGUAACUAGGUAUACUUAUAUCAGAUAAAAUGGACUUUAAGUCAGGAAGAGUUAAAAAAAAAAAGACAAAGUCAUUAUAUAACAAUAAAGGGAUAAAUCUAGCAAGAGGAUAUAACAACCCUAAAUAUAUAUGCACCCAACACUGGAGCACCCAGAUUCAUAAAGCAAAUAUUACUAAUCUAAAGGCAGAUAUAUAUACUGCAAUACAGUAAUAAUAGGGGUCUUCAAUACCACACUCUCAGCAUUAGGCAGAUUAUCUAGACAGAAGAUAAAGAAACAUUGGAUUGAAACAGGACAUCAGACCAAAUGGUCCUCACAGACAUUUACAGAACAUUUUAUCUAACAAAUGCAGAAUAUAUAUUCUUUUCAUCAGCACAUGGAACAUCCUCCAGGAUAGACCAUAUGUUAGACCACAAAACAAGUCUCAACAAACUUAAAAGAUCAAAAUCAUAUCAGGUAUCUUCUCAGACCACAAUGGAGUAAAAUUAGAAGUCCGUACCAAGAAGAACUCUGUAAACUAUACAAAUGCAUAAUUUAUGCUAUUUAAAUAUGUAUACUAUACAAAUAUAUACAACUAUGUAUAUACAAAUUUGCAAACACGGAAAUUAAACAUGCUUCCGAAUUAAUAUUGAGUCAAUGAAGAAAUUAAGAUGGAAAUAAAAAAAUGUAUUGAAACAAACGAAGAUAGAAGCACAAUAUACCAAAACCUGUGGGAUACAGCAAAAACAGGGCUAAGAGGGGAAGUUUAUAGCAAUAAAUGCCUACAGCAAAAAAGUAGAAAGAUUACAAACUAACAAUCUAACAAUGCACCUCAAGGAACUAGAAAAGCAAGAACAAAUCAAAUCCAAAAUUAGAAGAAGAAAAUAAAGAUCAGAGCAGAACUAAAUGAAAUAGAGAAAAAAUAGAAAAUCAAUGAAAUAAAAAGUUGAUUCUUUAAAAAGUUGAAAACAAGAUUGAUAAACUGCUAGCUAGACUAACCAAGAAAAGAGAAUAAAUUUCUUCUUUCAUAUCUUAUUUGAAGAAAUGAAUCUCUGUAAGUAAAAUCAGAAAUGAGAAAGAUAUUACAACUGAUACCACAGAAAUACAAAAGAUCAUCAGAGACUAUAUGAAAAACUGGAAAACCCGGAGGAAAUGGAUGAAUUCCUGGAAACAUGAGUCUACCAAGAUUGAAUGAGGAAUAACUAGAAAACCUGAACAGAGCAAUAAUGAGUAGCAAGAUUGAAUCAGCAAUAAAAAGUCUCUCAACGAGGAAAAGCCCAAGACCAGAUGGAUUCACAGCUGAUUUCUACCAAAUAUAUAAAGAAGAUAUAAUACCAAUCCUCCUGAAACCAUUCCAAAAAACUGAGGAGGAGGGAAUUCUCCCUAAAUCAUUCUAUCAGGCCAUUGUCACCCUGAUAUCAAAAGCAGACAAGGACACAUGCAGAAAAUCUACAGGUCAAUAUUCCUGAUUAAUCUAGAUGCAGAAAUUCUCAAUACGGUACCAGCAAGCCACAUCCAACAGCACUUUCAAAAGAUUAGGUGAGGCUUAUACCUGGCAUGCAAGGAUAGUUCAACAUAUGCAAAUUAAUAAAUGUGAUACAUCACAUCAACAGAAUGAAGGACAAAAACCAUAUAACCAUCUCAAUAGAUGCAGAAAAAGCACUGGAUACAACUCAACAAAUCUUCAUGAUAAAAACUCUUUUGUUUUUUUUUGAGACAGAGUCUUGCUCUGUUGCCCAGGCUGGAGUGCAGUGGCACAAUCUCAGCUCACUGCAACAUCUGCCUGCCAGGUUCAAGCAAUUCUCCCUGCCUCAGCUUCCAGAGUAGCUGGGAUUACAGGUGCCUGCCACCAUGCCCAGCUAAUUUUUUUGUAUUUUUAUUAGAGACGGGGUUUUGCCACGUUGGUCAGGCUGGUCUCGAACUCUUGACCUCAGGUGAUCCGCCUGCCUUGGCCUCCCAAAGUGCUGGGAUUACAGGUGUGAGCCACCAUGCCCAGCUGAUAAAAACUCUUAAGUAACCAGGCACGGAAGGAAUAUACUUUAAAAUAAUAAAGGCUAUAUAUGACAAGCCCACAGCUAACAUCAUCAUAAUAGGGAAAAAUUAAAAGCCUUUCCUCUAAGAACUGUAAUAAGAUAAGGUUGCCCACUUUCACCACUCCCAUUCAACCUAGUACUUCAAGUCCUAGCCAGAGGAAUCAGGCAAGGGAAAGAAAUAAAAGGCAUCCACAUUGGAAAAGAGUAAGUCAAAUUGUCCCUCUUUACUGAUGAUAUUAUUCUAUAUCUAGAAAAACCUAAAGACUCCACCAAAACACUCUUAGAUUUGAUAAAUGAAUUCAGUAAAAUUGCAGGAUACAAAACUAAAAUACAAAAAAUCAGUAGCUUUUAUAUACACCAAUAAGACCUAGCCAAGACUGAAAUCAGGAAGGCAAUCACAUUUACAAUGGCUACAAAAAAAUACUUAGGAAUAAAUUUAACCAAGGAGGUGAAGGAUCUCCAUAAGGAAAACUAUAAAACACUGAUGAAAGAAAUUGAAGAGGACACACACAAAAAUGGAAAGACAUCCCAUGUUCAUGGGUUGGAAGAAUUAAUAUUGUGAAAAUGACCAUACCACCAAAAGCAAUCUACAGAGUCAAUACAAUCCCUAUCAAAAUACCAGUGCCAUUCUUCACAAAAACAGAAAAAACAAUCCUAAAAUUCAUAUAGAACCAAAAAAGAUCCCAAAUAGCCAAAGCAGUCUGGAAUAAAAAGAACAAAGCUGGAGACAUCACAUUACCUGGAUUCAAAAUAUACUACAAAGCUAUAGUAACCAAAACAGCAUGUACUGAUAUACAAAUAGACACACAGACCAAUGAAACAGAAUAAAGAACCCAGAAAUAAUGCCAUAUAUUUACAGCCAACUGAUCUUUGUCAAAGCUGAUGAGAACAUACAUUGGGGAAAGGACACUUCUUCAAUAAAUGGUGCUGGGAAAAUUGGAUAGCCAUGUGCAGAAGAAUGAAAGUGGACCCUUAUCUCUCACCAUAUAUAAAAAUAGACUCUACAUGGACUAAAGACUUGAACACAAGACUUGAAACUAUAAAAAUACUCAAAAUUUAGGGCAAAUUCUCCUGGACAUUGAUCUAGGCAAAGAAGGUAUGACUAAGACUUCAAAUACACAGGAAACAAAACCAAAAAUAGACAAAUGGGAUUUAAUAAAACUAAAGAACUUCUACACAAUGAAAGAAAUAAUCAACAUAGUGAAGAGAACCUGGUGAAUGGAGAAAACAUUUGCAAACUAUUUACCUGACAGGAGACUAAUAUUCAGAAUACACAGGGAACUCAUACAAUUUAACAGGAAAAAAUAAUCCUAUUAAACUUGGGUAAAGGACAUGAAUGGACAUUUCUCAAAAGAAGACAUACAAACAGCCAGUAGGUGUAUGAAAAAAUGCUCAUCUGUUUGUCUUAUGCCUAAAAAAAAUGAAUAGCUCAACAUCACUAAUCAUCAGAAAUGCAAAUCAGUCAGAAUGGUUAUUAUAAAAAGACCAAAAAUAACAGAUGGUGGAAAGGAUGCCAAGGAAAGGGGACUCUUAUAUGCUGUUGGUGGAAUGUAAACUAGUACAGGCACUAUGGAAAAUAGUAUGAAGAUUUCUAAAAAAAAAAAAAACAAAA